GGAGGACCGGGUUGAUUCUCCAAGAGAUGGACCUAAUUUUUUUUUCAUUAAAAGGUAGCACAAGACCAAUCAGCUAACACCCAUGGCAGCCCAAUAAAAAAAUCCAACCAUUCUCUCUCUAUCUCUCUCUCUCUCUCUCUCUCUCUCUCUCAACAACAGGUAUGGCUGUGGCUCACAGUAUUUCUAUGAAGAUCAAGUUGUGCUCAAACAUCAGGCAGGGAGAGGCAAAGCCAAAUCAGUCCCAAGUGCGGAAGCGAUGCUUGAGGUGCAACACCCUUUACCACGACAAGGAUAAUUCCCCAGCUGCUUGCUCUUUCCACGGCCACUCCACUGGGGAGAAGGGAUUAUUUGCAUUGGCUCCACCACACCAAGGGAUCGAUGGAGAGUGGAGCGAUGGCUCUGGAGUGAUUGUGUACAAAUGGAAUGAAAAGAGCAAGAGGCCAAACACUGGGCGAGCCAACUGGAAGAAGAGAUGGAGUUGCUGCGCUGAGUAUGGUGAAAAUGCUCCUCCUUGUAGGCAGGGAUGGCAUGUCUCCUAUGAUGAUGGCUUUACUCUCUUUUAGCCUCAUUUAAUCUUAUAUAACACAUUGUUUAGUAUUAUUUAUGGCACGAACACGAAUUCGCACUUUAA